AUGGACCCUGCGAAGUGCUUGGAGAUCCUUGGGAACCGUGGGAUGUGCAGUGGCUUGCACGGUGCUCACCACCACGGGCAUGCAGCAGGUCCAACCACGCCAUCCCAAGCGGAGGCCGCAGGCACAGGGGGUGAGAACGCUGGCGGCCGCGGACAGGUGAUAAACCUUGCCACCGGGUCCAACGAGACGCGCGCGGCUACCGAGGCGGCAUCGGGGCUGAUGGCGGCGAUGGCUACCGGCCCUCCUUCUUCCGCCGCUGCUGGUGCCGGUUGUUGUCCGUCGAAGACGGCUGCGGGGCCCUGCGGAGACGCUCCAGAAAAAACAGCAGCGUCACCAACAAGCGCCGCUCCGUAUGCCAACAGCGACGGCGGAGCCGGACACUCAUGCAACGCGGGCGGCGAAGCAGGGUCGGGUGCACAAAGAGGCGGCGGCGGCGGUGAAGCCGGCGCCAGAGAUCUGGGGCUUAACCUACCCACCGCUGCUGCCGGGCAGGAGGAGGAAGGGGGCGGGCUACAGGGCCUCCAAGGCAUGUCUGCGGGAGCGUUGGUGGCAUCGUUUAGGCGCGCUCAGGAGGAGCGAGUGGCCCUGUACCGGAAAUUUAACGGGGGUCUGAAGGAGGCAUUGCGAAUUGGGGACUACUCCGGGUACCCGGCAUUAUGUUGCGAGGUGACGGCAGGGUUCUCCGUCCUGAGCAAAGCCAUCAACGCUAUCGAGGCCACGCUGGGGAAAGACAGCGAGACGAAAGCGUUGGCAGGCAUCAUCCGCCGGGUGCAGGAGCACGAGCGCGAGAAGUUGACGGUGACUGCGGCACACCACCUGGAGUCUAUGCGAGAAGCCCGCGCGCUAGGCAUGGGGCCGGGCAUGUCGGUGCACUCCGGAGGACAAGGGGACGCGGGGGCAGCGUCCCCUUCCCAAGACCGCUUGCUGAGCGACGCCGUGGGCGACUUGUUGCGGCGUGCCGAGGGGGAGGCAGCCGCGGUAUCGGAGUUGCUAGAGGAGUUACGUUACGAGGCGGAGGGGCUAGAGUGAAGCAUGUACCGUCUAUCCGGCCACGGUCGGCAAAGAAGGUUGUUCUGAGGUUUGCCGCAUGGACUUAUCUUGUUCUCUCUCAGAUUUUUUCUUCCCAUAAAGUGUUGUACUGCAAGUGAACAUUUUUCGCUUUUUUGUUGUUGAGAAGGGUUCCCGGCAAUGCAAUUACGGUAUUCCUUCGAGGGCGGCUAAUACUGGUCGGU